AUGGCGCAACUGGACACACUCGAUUUGGUCGUCUUGGUGGCUCUCUUGGUGGGUAGCGUUGCCUACUUCACCAAGGGAAGCUACUGGGCUGUUGCAAAAGACCCGUAUGCCUCCUCACCGGCUACCCUGAACGGAGCCGCCAAAGCUGGCAAAACACGCAACAUCGUGGAGAAGAUGGAGGAGACAAACAAGAACUGUGUGAUUUUCUACGGAUCUCAGACUGGUACUGCGGAAGAUUAUGCUUCUCGAUUGGCUAAGGAAGGUCACCAGCGUUUCGGCUUGAAGACUAUGGUGGCCGACAUUGAGGACUACGAUUACGACAACCUGGACACAUUCCCUGAGGACAAGAUCGCAUUCUUUGUGCUGGCUACCUACGGCGAGGGUGAACCCACCGACAACGCCGUUGAGUUCUACCAAUUCUUCACCGGUGACGACGUGGCCUUUGAGAGCGGUGCCUCCGCCGACGACCAGCCCUUGUCCUCUCUGAAGUAUGUCGCAUUCGGUCUGGGUAACAACACUUAUGAGCACUACAACGCUAUGGUCCGCCAGGUCGAUACUGCCUUGACCAAACUCGGUGCAAAGCGCAUUGGAACUGCCGGUGAGGGUGAUGAUGGCGCUGGAACUAUGGAAGAGGAUUUCCUGGCCUGGAAGGAGCCCAUGUGGGCUGCUUUGACUGAGGCCAUGGAUCUCCAGGAACGUGAAGCUGUCUACGAAGCCGUCUUCUCCGUCGUUGAGGAGGAUGAGAAAACCCCCGAGGAUGAGUCCGUCUACCUGGGUGAACCCACUGCUGCCCACCGUGAGGGACGUGCUAAGGGUCCCUACUCCGCGCACAACCCGUACAUUGCCCCCAUUGUCGAAUCCUCCGAACUGUUCACUGUCAAGGACCGUAACUGCCUGCACAUGGAAAUUAGCCUCGCUGGUAGCAACCUCAGCUACCAGACUGGUGACCACAUCGCUAUCUGGCCCACCAACGCUGGCGUCGAGGUUGAUCGCUUCCUUCAGGUCUUUGGUCUUGAGGACAAGCGCCACUCUGUGAUCAACGUCAAGAGUAUCGAUGUGACUGCCAAGGUUCCCAUCCCGACUCCCACUACCUAUGACGCUGCUGUCCGUUACUACAUGGAAGUGUGCGCUCCGGUUUCUCGUCAAUUCGUCUCCUCCCUCGCUGCCUUCGCUCCCGAUGAGGAGACCAAGGCUGAGAUCAUCCGCCUCGGUAAUGAUAAGGAUUACUUCCACGAGAAGAUCACCAACCAGCGCUUCAACAUUGGUCAGGCUCUCCAAAGCAUCACUUCCAAGCCAUUCUCUGCCGUUCCCUUCUCGCUUCUCAUUGAGAGUGUCAACAAGCUCCAGCCCCGGUACUACUCCAUCUCUUCGUCGUCUCAGGUUCAAAAGGAUAAGGUCAGCAUCACUGCUGUUGUCGAGUCUGUUCGUCUGCCCGGUGCCUCGCACAUGGUCAAGGGUGUCACCACCAACUACCUCCUGGCUCUCAAGCAGAAGCAGAACGGUGACCCCUCUCCCGAUCCCCACGGCCUGACUUACGCGAUCACCGGACCUCGCAACAAGUACGAUGGUAUCCACGUGCCUGUUCACAUUCGCCACUCCAACUUCAAGCUACCCUCCGACCCGUCCAAGCCCAUCAUCAUGGUUGGUCCCGGCACUGGUGUCGCACCUUUCCGUGGUUUCAUCCAGGAACGCGCUGCUCUUGCUGCCAAGGGAGAGAAGGUCGGCACAACGGUUUUGUUCUUUGGAUGCCGUAAGAGCGAUGAGGAUUACAUCUACAAGGAUGAGUUCAAGACCUACCAAGAUCAGAUGGGCGAUUCUCUGAAGAUCAUCACUGCCUUCUCCCGCGAGGGACCCCAGAAGGUUUACGUCCAGCACCGUCUCAAGGAAAACGCCGAACUUGUCAGUGAGCUGCUGAAGCAGAAGGCCAACUUCUACGUCUGCGGUGAUGCCGCCAACAUGGCACGCGAGGUCAACCUGGUGCUUGGCCACAUCAUUGCCGAGCAGCGGGGCUUGCCCGCCGAGAAGGGCGAGGAGAUGGUCAAGCACAUGCGCAGCAGCGGCAGCUACCAGGAGGAUGUCUGGUCAUGA